CUCAGUCUAGGGAAUCAUCUCUUUGCAUGCGUAUUGUUUUAUGUUAAUCGUUUUAAUAAAUAACAGAUAUACUCUUUGUAGAUUUUAGUUCGUAAAAAACGAUUAAACUGAACAAGGUUGUCAUUUUAAAUCAUUCAGCAACCUAAUACACGUAAUGUAUCGGGGCAAGACAUUCUGAUCAGAAAAAUCUAAAUAAAAAAUAAUAAAGAUGGAGCUAGUAAGUCUGGGCCACUCUGCUGUUGACCUCACACAGGUCAGUACUGUCGAUCAGAUCAUUCAGACCGAGAUCAACGGGGUUUUGUUCUGUAAUAGAGAAGCGAGUCACUAUUGAGUGUUACAGACUGAGAUCGUAACAAUCUGAAGCAUUCUGCUCUCGUCUCAGAUGAGUUUCGUGGAGUAUGGAGAGUACAUCCGGGAAGGUGACAUUGCCAUUGUCUUCCUGGGACAUGAGUCGAUGUUUCCAGUCAAGGCCCAGCACGGCACCCAGACCCAGACUAAAUACGGUGUCAUCCGGCACUCCUCUGACCUAAUCGGGAAGAGGUUUGGAUCCAAGGUCACCUGCAGCAAAGGCGGGUGGGUUUACGUCCUCCACCCCACCCCUGAGCUGUGGACCCAGAACCUGCCCCAUCGAACCCAGAUCCUCUACUCCACCGACAUCUCCAUGAUCACUAUGAUGCUGGAGCUGAAGCCUGGAUCAGUGGUGUGUGAAUCAGGUACUGGCAGUGGUUCUCUCUCCCAUGCCAUCAUCAGGACCAUCGCCCCCACUGGCCACCUGUACACCGUGGAGUUCCACGAGCAGAGAGCCGAGAAAGCAGCCGAGGAGUUCCGGGAGCACAAGGUGGCGCACUUGGCCACGGUGAAGAACCAGGAUGUGUGUAAAGAGGGCUUUGGCGUGGUCGGAGUUGCCGACGCGGUGUUCCUGGACAUCCCCUCCCCAUGGGAAGCUAUCGGACAUGCCAAGGCUGCCAUCAAAGAAGAAGGUGGGCGGAUGUGCUCCUUCUCUCCGUGCAUCGAGCAGGUCCAGAGAACGUGCCUGGCCAUGCACGAGUUUGGCUUCAAGGAGAUCACCACUCUGGAGGUGCUGCUGCGGGUUUACGAUGUCCGCUCUGUCAGCCUGCAGCUCCCGGACUUCGGGGAGGGAGACAGCGCGGCUGAGAGGGACCCCAAAGAAACCGGCUCCGGCCAGCAAGCAACUGCAGUCUGCAAGAGUUGUGUGACCCCCAGAGGCAUGGCCGGACACACCGGCUAUCUGACCUUCGCCACAAAAAGCCUGUUUUAGUCAUGUGGAGAAAUCUGUUCUGAAAUGGCUGAGAUACUGCCUUAAUAAACACACACACACACACACACACACACACACACACACACACACACACACACAGAGUGGCACUACUUCCAAAGGAAUUCCAUAAAUAGCCAGAUCGGUUAGGAGAGCACUUGUGUUUCAACAGCAAACCAAGAGGGACAGGAAAAGCAGAAGCAGAAUGUUUAUAGAUUUUUUAAAUAGUAAAGACCUUGUGUCAUGAGUUGCAAGAUUAAUGGUAUACAUGGAAUGUCUAUGAAUGGGUUGGACUUGGCAUAAACCCACUCCUACAGCACUGGGAUACAUUUUAAUAAUCCUGCUCCCUUUCAUAUUAUUUUAUGCAAUUCCUAAAUAAAAAGCAUUGUGGAGGUUCAUUUUUUUAGCUUUAAUGAUCAAUCAAUAGUAUUAAUAAUAAAUAGCAGUGAUUAUGCUAUGGCUGUUACAGGGGUAGUUCUGUAAUACCCAUGAUUCUACUGCAGGUUUAAUAGAUGCACUUAAAUGGUUAGGUUCUUUAGGUCAUCUGGUUGCCAUGGUUUCAUGCUUCUUGACCAGUGUUAAUUGAUAACCAUGUUCUGUAUGGGUUAAACAAGAAAAAAUAUAUAUUCAGCUCCACAGCCCACCAAGUCCAGUGUCCCAGUUAACCCUUUCAGUCCUGGCAGUACCUCAAGAGCCCGCCUUAUCAUAGCGCUGUAUGUUAACAUGCAGUAUGCCGUCAGAAAUCACGUUGGAACCUCACGGGACUCGUCGGUCUCAGUCCGAGGUAGGGUGUAAAUAUAUGUUGUCUCUGUUCUUAUGAAUAAAGAAUUUCAUUUUUCA